AUGCUGAACGAUAACAUCGGUGGUGGUAAUCGAAACGGUGCGGCCGCCGCCGCCGCCGGUCUUGCACCGGUGGCCCCCUCCUCGACCGCCUCACCGAUGGACGCGUCCAACUGUGAUCUGAAUGGUCACACCGUGACCAACAGUAGUAGCAGCAGCAACAACAGUAGUAGUAGUAAUAACGCCACCGCUAGCAAUAAUAGUAGCAACCCGGCCGAGAACGACAAUGGCAUGGGCAACAACAACAACAAUGGACUGACUGCGAACGGUGAUACGGGUGGAGGUGGAGGAUCGCGCCCCUUACCGGCACAGAGGACCGUAAAGCUGGACCGCACAAACCAGGAUAUCGUGCGACUGAUCGGACAGCAUCUGAAAGACAUUGGGCUGGAGCGGAGCGCCGAGAUGCUGAUGCAGGAAUCGGGUUGCUGUUUGGAGCAUCCGGCCGCAACAAAGUUCCGCAUCCACGUGCUGUCCGGCGACUGGAACAAGGCGGAUCACGAUCUGCAGGAGCUGCAAUCCAUGGUCGACAUCCGGACCGAUCGGACGAGCAUGAACGAGAUGAAGUUUCUGUUGCUCGAGCAAAAGUAUCUGGAGUAUCUCGAGGAGGGCCGUCCGAUCGAUGCGUUGCAUGUGCUGCGUAACGAGUUGACACCGCUACAGCACAAGACACCGCGCGUCCAUCAGCUCUCGUCGUACAUGAUGUGUACGAACAACCAGGAGCUGUAUGCGCGGGCCGGCUGGGAAGGCAAGGGUUCCAAAUCGCGCACCCGCCUCAUGGAUCGACUCCAGUCUUACCUGCCGGCGACGGUAAUGCUACCUCCGCGGCGACUCCGUUCGCUGCUCGUACAGGCGGUCGAGCUGCAGAACGAACGCUGCCAGUGUCACGACAUGACGUGGAGCACCAGCAUCGACAGUGUGUCACUGUUGGUCGACCAUAAUUGCAGUGCGGACGGGUUUCCGCUGCAGCCGCUCCAGGUGCUGAAUGACCACUCGGACGAGGUGUGGUUCUGCAAGUUCUCGCCAGACGGGCGACGCCUUGCGACCGGUUCGAAGGAUAACAGCGUGAUCGUCUGGGAGGUCGACCCGGUAAAGCUACUCCUGCGCAACAAACGAUCCUUCGAGGGGCACACGUACGGCGUUUCGUACAUUGCCUGGAGCCCGGAUUCGAAACACUUCAUCGCCUGCGGUCCGGACGACUGUCCGGAUCUAUGGAUCUGGGACGUGGAGCAGGAAAAGCUGGUGACGAAGUUCUCACACUCGACCGAUGACAGUUUAACGUGCGCCGCCUUUAAUCGCGACGGCACACGGUUCGUGACGGGCGGCACCCGCGGACAGUUCUACCUGGUCGAUCUGGACGGCAUUCUGCACGACAACUGGGAGGGUGUGCGCGUCAACGGGCUCGCCUUCCUGUCGGACAACAAGACUGUGCUGGCAGCGGACACGCACUAUCGGAUACGGGGCUACAGCUUCGACAACCCGCGCACCGAUUACGGCAUCGUGCAGGAACAGUGCCCAAUCAUGACGUUCUCGGUAAACUCGGCCGAUCGGCUCGCCCUGCUCAACAUCUCCUCCCAGGGGCUGCACCUGUGGGAUCUGCAGGACAAGUGCCUGGUGCGACGUUUCCAGGGUGUCACGCAAGGCAACUACACCAUCUACUCCUGCUUCGGUGGCGUAAACGAAAGCUUCGUGGCCAGCGGAAGCGAGGACAACAAGGUGUACAUUUGGCACAUCCGCCGGGAGGAACCGCUGGCCACAUUAAUCGGCCAUACGCGCACGGUGAACUGUGUCAGCUGGAACCCGGUCUACCCGUCACUGUUGGCGUCCGCUUCGGACGACGGUACGGUACGGAUCUGGGGACCACAGCAACCACAGACGCAGUGGAAUGCAAACGGUGCGACUGGGUCGUUGCAACAGGCCAACCAACAUCCGCAGGUGCACACGAAUGGUAGUGCCGGUGCCGCCGAUAGUGCCUCGAUCAGUUCGACCGGAUCUGCAACCUCCACAUCAUCAUCAACCUCAUCCUCAUCCGGUGGAAGCGGUGGUGGCGGUGGUAGUGCUGGCGGUUCCGGUCAACCACCCAAUGCAGGAGGCGGCGGAACUGGUGGCAGCAUCGAAGUUCUAUCGACAUCGUCCUGGAAUAUCACAUAA